AUGGUAGACGGCUUUGGAGCAAUUACUUGGUGGGGAUUCAGCCCCGCGUUGGACUUCCAAGAAAAAGGUUUGGAAGGAUUACAUGUAUCUGGUGGUGAUGGAGACUGUGAAGAAUUCAACGUUUUGAUGAUUGGUGCUGGUGAUUGCAGACAUAUACUGAAAACCAUAUCUAGAAAACAUAGAUAUCCUAAGAAAAAAAUAAAUUUUUACGUGAUUGAGAACAGUUUGGAGAUCUAUGCCCGUCACAUGCUGCUACUAAACAUAGCAUUGGAGUCGCCGCAGAAAAUGGGAUUCCAAGAAAAAACUGAAUUAUUCUUAGAAAUCUAUGGUAAUUCACUAAUCAGAUCACAUUCCAGUCAGUACAUUGUAAAUAAAGCCAAUGAAUUCAUCAAAUAUGUUACAGAUCUAGACUACAUGAAGGAGAUGAUGCCUAUAUUUGACAUAUCAGCUUUGAAGUUUAAAGAAAGGGACCAACUAGAAGCAAUCUAUAAAUUCUGGAGGAAUCCUGAUGUUAAAGUAUAUGAUAUUUCAAAAUAUUGGGAUGAUAGGGUGAGGAAGCACCUGGGUGUACGCUAUGAUAAUAAACAAGGUGCAUUUGACUGGGAUUACAGUAUGAAACUUUGUGAGAAAGAUGCUAAAAUUAUCAACAUUCAUGUGUACUCACAGUGGAGGAGGAAUGGUGUGGCAUUUGAAACAAGGGAAGGCGACUAUGAUUCACCCAAUAAGACGCUGGCUUCAGGAAUGAUAUUCAAAGUGGGUGGUGAUAGAAUAGCCCAGCGUGGUUACUGGGGUGACAUCGUAACAAGUCCAUUCAUCACAUUUGGUAUAGAAUGUGAAGAGAAAAGUUUGCUGAAAAAAGCUAAUGAUAUGCACAUGAAGACUUCAAGAGAUGUCUCAGAGUACAACGUACUCUCCAUGCUGUAUGAGCUGACCAACAAUGAAAUAUAUGUAAUGCCAAAACAAGAUGGGAAGGAUGGUACAAAAAAGGAAGAAGCAAAACUUACUGAAAUUACUGAGGAUGAGGAAGAAGAAGAUGUGAAUGAAAAUGCUGAAGAGCCAGCUUCAUCUGAGAGUACAGGUGAAACUGCAAAGCUGAUACAGAUUGAAGAUGUAACUGUUAACUUCCUACCAUUGUCUUCUGCUCAAGAGUUGAAGAAAAAAAGUAAAUAUCAUCAGCUGUUUCAUCUUGUGUAUUUCUCAAACAGUAUGGUACACAACCUGACUCCAGAGAUUAAUACACUGUUUUCUGAACGUGCAUGUGUAAUGUUGGAAACUGCAAAGUUUAUGCUGGACUUGAAGAAGGAACAGACAGAUGAGUUUGUCAAGAAAGUUAGCAGUAUGGCCAAAUCUGUAGGCUGUGAGCCCCAGACACUGUGUAAUUCUGAUAAAGAUUCUGCUUUUCUUAAGUUCACUUUCAGAAGAAAAGACCAAUCAUGACAUCAUGUGCCUUCCUAACAACCACCACACAGUGUCAAUACUCAACUUGGCAGUUGUGCUGGUCACUGUGCAUUUUAUUUAAACAAAUUCAUCUCCCUAAUUUAUCUUUUCUUUUCUUUAUCAAAUCAUGCAUUCCAUCUGAAUUGUUGUGUCUUGCAUUGCUAAACAUACACAAUUUAUCCAGUAGGGUUUCACGAAAUGUUGCAAUAUUCUUUUGGCUACUUUGAAUUUUCAUGUGUGAUGCUGCAAUCAUUUUUGAAAAAAAACUAUUAAGAUCAUGUAAAUGUUGAAUCCAGAUGAUUCAACAAAGCAGUCUUUUAUUAUGUGGCCAUUAAAGUACGUUUUCAUUCCAUAAAUUCCAUCAUAGUCAUUACAUUACAGUUUGCAGUGAUUGUUUCUUACCUUGAAAUUAAUUAUGCAUUUAUUCUU